CCAACCCCACACAGCUUUAAUAGCUCCGCUACUCAAUGCAACAGCCUAGGAGUGGUUUUGGGUCCAACGUCUGAAAAUUAUAACAUUGAGGGAAAGAAGGAGAUACAAGAAAGUAGAAAAUGGAGAGGAGUUUGUUAAUGCUGGCAAGGAGCCUUCGUACCAUCUGCAAACGGAAUAUUAGACAAGACAAGCUAUGGUCUCGUUCGGUCCACAGCGACCGGGUGCGUCACCAGAGUACCCAGGUCGCCAUGCAGGACCUUGCCCAAGAAGACAGCGCCAAGCCCGAAGAUGCCAAACCCGACGAGAGCCCCAAGAAAAACCCCGUCUGUUCCUACAACGAGUGGGACCCGCUGGAGGAGGUGAUUGUUGGACGUGUGGAGGGCGCCUGUGUCCCGCCCUUCACUGUGGAGGUCAAGGCAAACACAUAUGAGAAGAACUGGUCGUUUUUCGUGAAGAACGGAGGUAAGCCAUUCCCCAACGAUCACAUGACGAAGGCCGUGCAGGAGGUGGAAGAGUUCUGUAACAUUCUGAAGCACGAGGGCGUCAUUGUGCGUCGUCCAGAACCCGUCAACUGGUCUGAGGUGUACAAGACUCCCUGGUUCGAAUCCCCAGGCCUGUAUGCGUCCAUGCCGCGUGACAUCCUACUGGUGGUUGGUGAUGAGAUCAUCGAGUGCCCCAUGGCCUGGCGAACCCGCUUCUUCGAGUAUCGCGCCUACCGCUCUCUCAUCAAGGAGUACUUCCAGGAGGGAGCCAACUGGACCACCGCUCCCAAACCUACCAUGGCGGAUGAGCUGUAUGACCAGGAGUACCCCAUGCGGUCUGUAGAUGAUCGUCACAAGCUCGCAGCCGAGGGCAAGUUUGUCACCACCGAGUUCGAGCCCUGCUUCGACGCUGCAGACUUCAUGCGCGCUGGACGGGACAUCUUUGCCCAACGGAGCCAGGUUACCAACUUUAUGGGUAUUGAGUGGAUGCGCCGCCACCUCGAGCCGAAGGGAUACAACGUCCACACCAUCUCCUUCAAGGACCCAAACCCCAUGCACAUCGACGCAACGUUCAACAUCAUCGGCCCGGGGCUGGUCCUGUCCAACCCUGACCGCCCCUGUCAUCAGAUCGACAUGUUCAAGAAGGCUGGCUGGACAAUCGUCCACCCUCCAACACCGGAAAUGCCGGACGGCCACCCCCUGUGGAUGUCGUCCAAGUGGUUGUCUAUGAACGUGUUGAUGAUCGACCCGAAGCGCGUCGUGUGUGACAGCAACGAAGUCGCCACCCAGAAAAUGUUUGAGAAGCUAGGCAUCCAAACCAUCAAGGUGAAUCUCCGCCAUGCCAACUCCCUGGGAGGCGGCUUCCACUGCUGGACCUGCGACGUUCGCCGCCGCGGUGGUUUGGAGUCGUACCUGUAAGACCCUCGACCGACACACGUCCAAACACGUCCACAUUAUGUGUGUGAUUGAAACUAGCUUGCUGUGAGCCAUAUACAGUAUGUAGGAGUGUAAAAAAAAAUAUGUGUGGGGGUGUAAGAAAUUACUGUGUGUAACAACUGUGGAGGGACAGGGAGUCAAAAGUGUCAGUAAAAGAUGUACAUGAUUUCAAACUAGUGAUAAAUGAUUUGAUUCACCAUCUAGAUUUGAAAUUUUUACGUUUUGAAGAAAUUUUUUUAACAUCAUUCAUAGCUUCAAAAGUCAUGACUUCAUUGAUGUAUUUGCUACAUCUUUUUAUUCUAUUUUAUCCAUUUAAUAAGUCUUUAUGUGUUUUUAAGUUUUAAUUGCUAUUGAAUUUGGGGUUCACAAUUAUUUGUCAAAUCAUGAUAAUGAACAGUUGGGGUUUACGGUGUAUAUUUUAUAAAUUCCUCCCCAUGACAGUUUUCAUUAUAAAAAUCACAAGAACAAUUCGUAUUUUAUCAGCAAAAUAUGACACUGUCAAAACAUAAAGAAACUCACUCUUCAUAUGUUUAAAGCUUAAAAAGCUUUGGUUAGUAUAUUACAUGUAGUUACCUGUUUGGAUUACAUUGUCCAUUGACUUGAUAUUUUUUUAUGAAGCAAGUUUAAACUGUAAUUUCCAACACAAUAAAUUGGACUCACCCAAAUUUUCGACUGUACAACUCCAGUCUUUG